AGAAACUUAACGUUGGAAGAAGCUUUUAGUGUUGUCACAUUGCAUCACUCUAACUAAAGACACUUACCUUUUUCUGAUAGAGCCAUUCCCUUUUCCUUCUGCUGCUGUUCUUCCUCCCUCUCUCUCUCUCUCUCUCUCUCUCUCUCUCAGUGUGUGUAGUGUGUGUUUUUAUGCUCUUUUCUUGAUCAAAAGCCUCUUCUUUUUAUAGUUUCUCUCCAUCAAGAUUGUUCCUUUACGUAAGAGAACUCUACUAGGACAAAAAGGAGUUCUUUUUAGCUUUGAGAGAGGAUGUUGUCUAGAGUGAACAGCAUGGUUUGGAUGGAAGGCGGCAAAGGAGAGGAAGAAACAUCUUCUUGGGCUCAAAACAACAAAAAUGGUGGGCUGGAAAACAAGCAAGAAUUGGAAAUUGGUGCGCUCUCCACCUUCAAGUCCAUGCUUGAAGCUGAAGGUGAAGAUUGGUACAUAUCCAACGCGGCCGCCGCCGCCGCCAGCGGCCACCAAGCCACCAUGCACGGCCACCAUCAUGACAUCUCAUUCUCACCGAGCUUCACAGAGGCAGCUGACAACAAUCAGCUGCUCCUACAGCCGGUUGAUUCUUCUGCAUCCUGUUCUCCAACAUCAGCCUCAGUUUUCAACAGUCUUGAUCCAUCUCAGCAUCAGGUAAACUACUUCUUGCAGCCCAAAUCUUUAAUCAGUUCAAUCCCAAACAACCCUUUAGAGGGAACUUUUGAUUUGGGCUGUGAAAAUGGAUAUCUUGAAGGUGCUUUGAAUAGGGCUGGUGGGAUUUUGAGUGGUGGUUUCAAUGAUUUGGGAGCUCAUUCUCAAAUGGGCACACUGAAUUUGAGCUCUAAUACUCAGUUUGGAAGUAAUAGUUUGAUUCAAUUGCCUCAAGGGAGUGGUGGAUUUGGUGGAUUUGGAUUUGGGGAGGGAUCCAUGCAGGGGAAUUCAUUGUUCUUUAAUAGGUCCAAGAUUCUUAAGCCCCUUGAUAAUUUUGCCACAAUUGGAGCACAGCCCACUCUCUUUCAGAAAAGGGCUGCCCUUAGGAAGAAUCUUGGCGGUAAUGGUGGGAGCAAUUUGGGGUCCUUGAACAUAAGGGGUGAAACAAAUCAGAUUAGCCUGAAGUCUCCAACUAGUGCAACUAAUGUAGAAGGGUAUGAUAAGAAGGGGGAGGUUAGUGAAGAGAAUGAAAGGAAAAGGAAGAACAGCAGUGGGGAUGAUGUGGAGGAUGUGAGCAUUGAUGGUUCUACUCUAAACUAUGAUUCUGAUGACCAAUUCUUGGACAAUAGUGCUGUUAAUAAAGUAGAAGAGAGUGCUAAAAAUGGAGGAAGUAGCUCGCACGCAAACAGCACUGUUACGGGCGGGGAUCAGAAGGGGAAGAAGAAGGGGCUUCCGGCAAAGAAUUUGAUGGCGGAGAGGCGCCGGAGGAAAAAGCUCAAUGAUAGACUAUACAUGUUGAGGUCAGUCGUGCCAAAAAUCAGCAAGAUGGACAGGGCUUCGAUACUAGGGGAUGCGAUUGCUUACUUAAAGGAACUUCUGCAGAAGAUCAAUGACCUCCACAAUGAACUCGAGUCCAUCCCUGGUAGCUCUUCUGUGACUCCAACCACAAGCUUCUACCCCUUGACACCUACAGCUCCAGGACUUCCCGCCCGUAUCAAAGAAGAGCUUUGCCCUAGUGCAUUUGCAAGUCCACUGUCAAGCCCCACUGGACAACCAGCACGGGUUGAGGUCAGGCUGAGAGAAGGAAGAGCCGUAAACAUCCACAUGUUCUGUGGGCGGAGACCAGGGAUACUGUUGUCCACUAUGAGGGCUAUGGAGAACCUUGGCCUAGACAUUCAGCAAGCCGUCAUUAGCUGUUUCAAUGGCUUUGCUUUGGACGUUUUCCGAGCUGAGCAAUGCGGAGAAGGCCAAGACCUUAAUCCUGAUCAGAUCAAGGCAGUACUCCUGGAUUCAGCUGGCUUUCACGGGAUGGUGUGAGUUUGUUUGUGUUAAAGCUCCGGAGGGGGUCUCAGGUUUACGUCUCACCUGCCGAUUAAUCGACCAUUGUAGUCUUUCUAUCGCCCGAAGACCACUAGUGUAUUGAAAAUCUGAUCAGAACUGGGCUGUUCAACUCUGCCAACUUAAACUUGCUUCGACAAACCAUUUCUCGUUUUUUCUUCUUCUUUUUUUCAAUUUAUUUUGAGGAAAUUGAUGUUCCCAAAGAACUGAGACUAGAAUGCUUUUGAUUUUUCAAAUUUCUAAAUAUUCUGUUCA